AUCAAUUCAACAUUUAGCAGAGUAAGAAAUGAAAAAUGGCUGAAGAACUGCAAGUGUUUGGUUUCUGGACCAGUCCUUUUAGUCGCAGAGUGGAGCUGGCUCUCAAGCUCAAAGCCUUGGAAUAUGAAUAUGUUGAAGAAGAUUWAAGGAACAAGAGCGAUUUGCUUGUAAAAUACAACCCAAUUUACAAGAAAGUGCCUGUGCUCCUCCACCAUGGAAAACCCAUCGCAGAGUCUCUUGUAAUCCUCGAAUACAUCGAAGAUACCUGGAAAUCCAACCCCAUGUUCCCCCAACAUCCCCAUGGAACAGCUCUUGCCAGGUUCUGGGCUAAGUACAUAGAUGACAAGGUUGUGCCGGCAGUACUGAAAGCUGCUUUUAGUAAAGGAGAGGGAAAGGAGAAGGCUGUAGAACAAGUGUGGGAGACUUUGGAGCCACUGGAGAAGGAGAUUGAUGGGAAGAGGUUUUUUGGAGGAGACAGAAUUGGGUUUGUGGACAUUGUGGGCAUUUUUGUAGGCUACUGGGUUCCUGCUAUUGAAGAAAGUUUUGGGAUUGAGCUGCYAAGAAGUGACAAAUUUCCAAAACUAAGCAAAUGGGUUCAAGAGCUUGUGAACCACAGCCUCGUGAAGGAGGUGUUUGGUUUCUGGGAAAGUGCGUACAGUCGCAGAGUGGAGUUGGCUCUCAAACUCAAAGCCGUGGAGUACCAAUACAUUGAGGAAGAUUUGCCACACAACAAGAGCGAUUUGCUUCUCAGAUACAACCCAAUUUACAAGAAAGUCCCUGUUCUCCUCCACCAUGGAAAACCCAUCGCAGAGUCUCUUGUCAUCCUCCAAUACAUCGAAGAUACUUGGAAGGCCAACCCCAUGUUGCCUCAACACCCCCAUCAACGAGCUCUCGCCAGGUUCUGGGCUAAGUACAUCGAUGACAAGGUUGUGGGUGCGGUGGUGAAAGCUGCUGUAAGCAAAGGAGAGGAGAGAGAGAAGGCAGUAGAGGAAGCGAGGGAGGCGUUGGAAGAACUUGAGAAAGAGCUUAAAAGCAAGAAAUUCUUUGGAGGACACAAUAUUGGGUUUGUGGACAUUGUUGGCACCAUCGUAGCCCACUGGGUUCCAGCCAUUGAACAAAGUUUUGGGUUUGAGGUCCUCAAAGCUCACAACUUUCCAAAUCUAACCAAAUGGAGUGAAGAACUUGCAAACCACAGCCUGGUGAAGCAGGUUCUGCCCCCACAACAUGAAAUUGUUGCCUUCAUGGAAUCAGCUUGGUCAAAUUAGAACAGGUUCAUGCCUUCUUCUGUCUAAUAGCUUCUUUACAAUUUAAUAGGUACUUAAACUUUCAAUUUUUGUGUCRUGUUCGGUAAGUGUUCUAAUGGACYGUUAAAUUUUUUAUUUCAUGUCUAAUAGUUUCUUAUUCUAUCCAAAAGUAUUAUGAAUUCGCGGA